UGUGUGCACGGCCGCUCUUUCCCGGCCGGAGGGAGACAAGACAUGACAGAGCUCUGCCAGCAGCCCUGUUCUGCCCGGUCUUGUUGCUCCGUGAAAUCAAUUCCCUCACAAAUUGUAUCCUCGCCCUCCUCCACCCCUUGGUCUCCCACUUCCAUCCACUUCAUUCCUCUCCUCGCCUGUCUGUCUGCUGUUCGUCCUCCCGUCAUGUCUGGCCAACAGUGUCUCCGCCGCCUUGCGGCCUCCGCGCCUCUGCGAUCUCAACCUUUGAUGCGCGCUUCCUCUCGAGCUGCCCGUCUAUCCACCAGCAGCAAUGCGACCCGAAGCUACUCAGCCGUAUCAAGAGCGACAUCGUCCGGUCUUUUGAGCCAGGCGUCAAGACGCCCUGGACAUUUGUCCCCAUCGCACAUCACCCUCAUUUCCCAAUCACGAACUUAUGCCGACACAGUGGUCAAGGUCCCGCAGAUGGCCGAGUCCAUCACAGAAGGAACUUUGAAGCAAUGGUCAAAAGAGGUUGGCGACUAUGUCGAGGCAGAUGAGGAAAUUGCCACCAUCGAGACGGACAAGAUCGAUGUCUCUGUGAACGCCCCCGAAGCCGGUACUAUCAAGGAAUUCUUGGUUAGCGAGGAGGAUACCGUCACCGUGGGACAAGACCUCGUGAAGCUCGAGCUCGGUGGUGAGCCUUCUGGCGGUUCAAAGAAAGAGGCCAAGGAAGAGCCCAAGGACGCCGCGCCAAAAGAGCAGGAGACUUCCUCGCAACCCGAAGGCCAGCAGGAGCAGUCGCAGGAGAAAUCUCAGCCACCCAAACAGGAGGAGUCAAAACCGGAACCCCCUAAACAGGAGUCCAAGCCCACCCCUCCUCCCCAGAAGUCUCCCCCCAAGGAGCAAAAACCAAAGGAAUCUGAGUCCAAGUCCACAUCUGCGCCUGGUGGUCGCGAGGAGCGACGCGUCAAGAUGAACCGUAUGCGCCUACGCAUCGCCGAACGUCUCAAGCAAUCCCAGAACACUGCUGCUUCCCUCACCACGUUCAACGAAGUCGACAUGUCCUCCAUCAUGGAGUUCCGCAAGCUGUACAAGGAUGAGAUCCUCAAGAAGCAAGGCGUCAAACUCGGUUUCAUGUCAGCUUUCUCUCGUGCCUGUAUUUUGGCCAUGAAGGAUAUCCCAGCUGUGAAUGCAUCCAUCGAGGGACCCAACGGCGGUGACACCAUCGUCUACCGUGACUACGUCGACAUUUCUGUGGCCGUUGCCACUGAGAAGGGUCUGGUUACCCCUGUCGUGCGUAACGCCGAGUCACAGAACAUGGUCGAAAUCGAGCAGUCCAUCGCGGAUCUCGGUAAGAAGGCUAGGGACAACAAGCUCACGAUUGAAGAUAUGGCUGGAGGUACAUUCACUAUCAGCAACGGUGGUGUUUUCGGCAGCUUGAUGGGAACUCCCAUUAUCAACUUGCCACAGACCGCUGUCCUUGGUCUCCACGCCAUCAAGGAUAAGCCCGUCGUUGUGAACGGCGAGAUCAAGAUCCGACCAAUGAUGUAUCUUGCUUUGACUUACGACCACCGUCUGCUCGAUGGACGGGAGGCUGUCACCUUCCUCGUGAAGGUCAAGGAGUUCAUCGAGGACCCCAGGAAGAUGCUUCUCGUUUAAGCAUCUUACUAUCUUCUUAUUGCAAUCAACAACACCCUUUUCCCCUUUUUUUCCUUUCAUCCAUUGUUCGCAAGAGAAAAGAUGCGCUAGCUCUGUUGCAGUACACGCAUCAAUGUAUAUGUGAGUGAGGUCUCGUUUUGGUGGGAGGGGAGGGGCUUCUUAGCAUUGUCACAGCGUUGGGUUUGGUCAUUAUCUAUUGUAAGAAUAGGUGAAUUGGGGUGGAUGAAUUGAACGAUGUCUGUUGCAGCUAUAGUGUGUGCGCCAUCAAUGAGGUGUGCUGUGGCAUGUAUUCGAGAUGCUGUGUUGGUGGUGGUGUUAUUAUGUGCUCGUGUAUACCUACUCGAAUCUUGUUCCUGUGUUGUAACAGUAGCGUCCGUACAUACGAAAUACAAGACCUUUACAUAUCUGUUCGUUCGUCGCGUUUUACUGGUCGUUCUACUGGGUCUGAUGUUGUAUGCAUGCUGUUGUUGUAGCUGUAUCGGUAUCCCAUCGUUGUCAUUCGCCAUACAGCUGAAGCCUCUACCAACCCACAUACUGCACAUCUGCCCAACCACAUUCUCUUGGUCAGAUAAAAACUAUUCUAUC